AUGGAGCCACCGUCCUCUACGUCAGACAUCGAUAAGAUACAACAGCCGGUGAAAUUGAUCUUAUCCAGCACGUGCCAUCAUGCUUAUACGUCCUGCAAAAACGAUCCGGAAUGCAAAAAUCUGCUGGAACCUGUUCUGAACCACUGCGACUCGACGACGUGCGCGAGAAACGAGUGCAUGGAGGCGUUGCAGCAUUUCUACAAGACCGCCAAUGACAAGCAUUCCGUGGAAAUUGCCUUCUGCCUUUGCAGGAAAACGGACAACAAAAAGGACGAGUGCAUAGUGGCGCAAGAGAAAAUGCAUCCAACUUGCGCGCAACGCAUAGAUGGCGCCGAAAUGCCAACGUGUCACAGUCUAGCCGAGACUUGCAAAGAGAACAGGAGUUGUAGACUUAGACUAGAAUAUUAUGAACAGAGUUGCGCGGUCGACAGCAUGACGAAGAAAUGCGCCGGACGAACCUCCGAGUGCAGAAAAGCGAUGCUGGGCAUCCUGGGUACUGAACUUCAUACUAAUUGCGCUUGUAAGGGUACCGAGCUUAACCAGCUAUACGGCUGUCUGGGUUGGCAGCGGCUUCUCUGGGUGAAUCCUUGCGUAGUGGAGUCGCAGAAGGAUUACCACGCGCGUAGAAAGCACCAUCAUUCGCGAACGACAACAGCGAAGACAACGACGGCGGCCGUCGCAUCAACGACGAGGUCACCGGCGAGCACGACGGCGACCACCGCAGUCGAACAAGUGGAAGAUAAUCAAAUACCGAAAGUGACGAGGUGGCCGACCACCGAACCCACGGAAACUUGGGAAAUCACAACGAUCACUAUAAGCACCACUCCGAGCACCACCACAACCACCACGCCGACACCACGCUUCUGCGUGGUUCAAAGGUCGAAUACACAUAGUCAGCAAUACAUAAGGGAAGGCAAGGGCAAAAGGCUUUAUCGUGAAGACGAGCCCGAAUGCUCAGAACUGUGUGUCUGUGCUGAGGGUGAGCAACUCGUUUGCAACACUUUGUGCGUCGAAACGUUACCUUGUAAGACGGAUUUCGCUUUCUACAAUCAUGAAGCGCCAGCCUACCAAGCGCAUCGAGGUCCUUGCCUUUGUUAUAGCGGCGGCUUUAUAUGCAUGCGGCCUUCGCCCGACACAUACAGUAUACCGCACGGGGUUUUCAUGUUCCUGGGAUACAGCGAGAAAGACGAGACCUUAUUGAAGCAGUACAACAAUGUGACCGUGCUGGACGCGGUGUCAUCUCUCGAUAAUUUCAUGAGAAAGGAAGUCAAUAAUCAGACAGUAUGCACACUCUUCUUGUACAACGCGACUCGAGAAAACGUGAUUGCAGUGGCACGACUCGGGACCGACAAUCCACCCUUAAAUAGCAGCCAGGCUCAAAGUCUGCAACACCUGCUACGCGUCAAGGAGGAGUGCGCAUCGAUGAUGCAAGAUCUCAGCGACAAGAUCAACAAUAAGCAUCACGAGGUACGCACGCAUCCGCUACUCUCGAUCUUCAAAAUGGCCGAGGUUGAGGUGAAGAUGCCGUACAGCAACGAAGCGGCGAUUUCCAGGUCGUCGUCGGUGCUCCUUGUUGUUCUGUUUGCAAUCAGCUUCUUUGGGUCAACUUGCUCCUUUGGUUCGUGA